AUUUUUUCAUUUCAUGGGUACAUUCAAUAGCACGAGAAACUUCUCCGUUACGUCGGGUUGUUGAGUUUCAGCUUCAGCCAUGGCGGCGGCUUAGUCUAAUUCAGAAUCCUAAACCCAACAAUCAUUCAUUACUCCCAUUCACUUUACCAAGGCAAAAAUGGCUUCGUCACUCGCACUCCGAUUCAGAUCCCAUCUUCUUCGCACCGCCUCACUCCUCCCCUCUUCCCUCCGCCGCCCUCCAUUCCAACCCUCGUCGCCACUCCUCUCCGCCCAACGCCUCCUCUCCACGGCGCGCCGCUCGGCGCCACGCUCGCGGAAGUCGGUCGACAUCGGCGCGCGCGCCCGGCAGCUCCAGACGCGGCGCCUCUGGGCCUACGCCCUGACUUUUAGCGGCCUCGCAGGGUUCGUGGUGAUCGUGCUCAACAACUUUCAAGACCAGUUGGUGUUCUACAUCACUCCCACAGAUGCGCUUGAAAAGUACGCGACCAAUCCCUCCAAGGCGCGGUUCCGGUUGGGAGGCUUGGUUCUCGAAGGCAGCGUGGUUUACCCGAAGUCGAAGCCGGAGGUGGAGUUCGUCAUCACCGAUCUGAUCACUGACAUCGUGGUCCGGUACGAGGGUUCCUUGCCGGACUUGUUCAGGGAAGGGCAUUCCGUGGUGGCGGAAGGGAUCGUGAAACCGUUCACGGAGGAGAUCAAGAAGGAGGUGUCGACAAAUAACGUGUCCGAGAAGGCGAGGAGAUUAGAGUGUUAUUUUUCUGCCGUGGAGGUUCUCGCUAAGCACGAUGAGAAGUAUAUGCCGAAAGAAGUUGCCGCUGCUAUUGAGAAGAAUAAGAAGAUUAUUGAAGAAGCUGCCGCUGUCAGCGUAGCGGCGGAGGUACCCAAGACCACCUAGAUGGAUAUUCACGGGUCGCUGUUAAACCCUUAUAUUCACCGCUACUUAGGCCUACAUCAGUGAUCACUUCAUUUCACUCUGCUUUUUCUUUCGCAAAAUGUGAUAGGAGCAGUCUUUCUAUUCUCCCCUGCCUCCACUUAUAAAAAGUCGGAUGACGGUAAAGAAAAAAUAAACGAAAACGAAGCUUUACCUAUUCCAGUCUUCAUUUUUUUUGACUUGUGAUACGUGUAGAAUUAAAGUUUCCAGCUGUCGUGGUAAGUGCUAAGUGCCUGAAGAUGGAUGCUUUGGGUGACAAUUUUCAUUUCAUUAAAUUUAACUUAAAUCUUGUGUGUAUAAUGGGCAUUGUUGAUCGGUUGGGGCGGCCUAGUUUGUACCACAUUCAGCUUGCUCAUUUGCAAACCUGCAUAACUUUUUGGAA